GUUAUAAGAGAGUGGUAAGUGUUUACUACCAACGUCCUGAUAACAUUGUUGGCAGAAAAAUCCCUGGUUGGUAACCCUGUAGGUGAGAUGGAUGAGUUGUAACUGUUACAGCUAUAGUAACAGUAUGGUCCUAGACAGUAUCAACACAGCCACCAACCCUCUCAAGAUGAGUCUAAUGGAUGUGUCCAAGAUCUUCUCUCUGCUUCAACCCAAGGAAGAGGAUGAGGAGGACAAUGAGCAUGGCCAGGCUCUGAACCAGGCAGUGAGCAGUGAUGACGUGGUGCUGGUAGCUGAGCUGUUGUCCCAGGAGAGCUACAGAAKGUGUAUCAACAGCAGAAGCGGCUGGGGCAUCCCUGUUACCCCCCUACGGACCGCCGCAGCACACGGCCACCUGAGGUGUCUGGAAGUGCUGCUGGAGCACGGAGCGGAGGUGGACAGUCUAGAUGUGAAGGCCCAGACCCCUCUGUUUACAGCGGUCAGUGGUAAACACCUGGACUGUGUUGUGGUCUUACUAAAGGCUGGAGCCGACCCCACCGGCAGCCCGUACAACAACUGUUCCCCGGUGCUGACCGCCGCCCGCGAGGGAGACGUGGAGGUCCUCAGGGAGCUGCUUCAGUUCGGAGCCGAGGUCGACGUCUSGCCCAAAGUCCCUGAGUGGGCCUCCAACGCCACAGCCUGCAGGGGACCCCUGUACAUAUCCGCUGUAUAUGGACACCUGGACUGUUUUAAGCUGCUYCUGCUCCACGGGGCUAAUCCUAACUAUAACUGUAAYUCAGAGAAGAUGCUGGCCAGGAUCAAGCAGCCCAAGACGGUGUUGGAGAUGUGUCUCAGGUAUGGCUGUGGAGUGGAAUACAUACAGCUGCUCAUAGACUUUGGGGCAGACGUGUAUCUGCCCACGCUGAUUAUUGACAAGACCACCAAGCAGAACGAAGCGGUGGUGCUGCUGCUCAAGGAGAGAGUUUGUCCCAAUACUCUGAUGUCACUGACACGGCUUGCGAUUCGGAGAUACCUCCCCAUGGUUAAUAAAAUGACGUCCAUAGACCGCUUGGACAUUCCCCAGAUACUGAGGAACUACCUGAAACAUCUCACCUGACCUCUAUCUCCUGACCUCUGAACUCUGCAUGAAGAUGAUGUCACAAAUGGAUACGCUAUUUGGCUGUGUCUCAAUAGUCUACAGUGGAUUCCUCUGCUUCAUCUCCACUGUUCUGAAAACACAUGUUAGGUGAAAGCAAUAUGGAGGAUGAUUUAUGCAAAACUUUCAAAAAAAGUGCAACAAUUUCAUACCGUCCUCUUCUGUCUCUACUGAGUGCAUCAUGGGCUGUAACGUCCAGUUUGUUCUGUUUCUAUUGUAGGUGUGAAUAAUAAUUAUGCCAAGUUUGCCUUUGAAUAGCUGUAGAGGUUGAAUUAGAAUAAACAUGUUUAUUUAA